AUGCUUAAAUCCUUUGUUGGGUUUACGCUACUUGCCGUGGCAACGGUGAGUGCAAAGAUACUCGAACCACAUGACGUUGUUUCUCUGCCAAGACCCGGUGGUGUCCUUGCUUCUCCCAACGGCCGCAUGGCUGUGUACGGCGAAUCAGUCUACCAUGCUGACAAUGACAAGACAACGCGUAGUCUUUAUCUGUUGGACCUUGAAAGCACUUCAGUUUCAGCGUUGACCGCACCUUCUUUUGACGAAGCUCAAAGCGACCCCUUCUUUUUGGAUGAUGAACACGUUGCUUUUAUUCAACACAAUGCUGACGAACCCGUGGACCAACUCUAUGCUAUCAACAUUAAGGAUGGAGAACAAAAGCCUUACAAGCUUACCAAUUUUCCGAUCGAGUUUGGCAAUAUCAAAUACAAUGCUGCUAAGCGUCUUCUUGCCUUUACUGCCAUGGUCUACGAUGACGCUUCUACCUUGGAUGGCACCAAAGAACGUGAUCAACAACUCAAGGAAACCAAAAAGGAUUCGGGUAUUGCCUAUGAUCAGCUGAUGGUUAGACAUUGGGAUAAGUUUGUGCCUGAAAAGAAGAGCAACAUCUUUGUCGUCGGCUUGGAUCUUGAAGAUGGCCAAUUCAAACUUGCUGAAGAGCCUCGCAAUUUGUUGGCUGGUUCUGGAUUGGAAUGUCCUCAAUUUGGUCUAGGCGAUAGCUCGGAAUACGACAUUUCACCCGAUGGUGAAGAAGUUGCAUUCCUUUCCAAGAUCCAAGGUCCUAGCAAUGCUUGGGAAUCAUCAAAGCAUCUCUAUGUGGUAUCCACAUCCGGCAAAGUCAAGCCAUUUGUCAUCAAUAGUGAUAUCCCUGCUGCUACCUCGGGACCAAAGUACUCACCUUCAGGAUUGCUCGGUUAUCUUCAAAUGUACGAACCUCAAUAUGAAUCGGACCGUAAUCGCAUCACCCUCUACGACCGUCACUCGGGUACUCGCACCUUCAUUGCCGAACAAUGGGAUCGCAGCCCUUCAGAGCUCGUCUUUUCAGCCGAUUCGACUCAUGUCUUUGUUGUGGCCUCUGAAUAUGGUCGUGAAAAGAUCUUUUCGAUUGAUCUUAUCACUCAUGUUGUCGAGCCCCUCACCGAAAAGCAUUCAGCCUCAGGCCUCUCUUUGAUCAACAACCACACGCUUUUGUUCACCCUCAACUCGAUGCAAUUCCCCAACGUCGUCCAUUCAUUGGAUGUUAGCACUGGCAAGUUGCAACGCUACGGUCCUGCUCCUUCGCUUGGAGAUGCCUUGGGUGGUAUUGAUAUGGCUAAGCCUGAGGAAUUUGAAUUCACGGGUGCAUUGGGUGAUCGUGUUCAUGGAUGGAUGAUCAAGCCUGUUGAUUUUGAUCCUGCUAAAAAGUAUCCUGUUGCAUUCUUGAUCCAUGGUGGUCCUCAAGGUGCUUGGGAAGAUAAUUGGUCAACUCGCUGGAAUCCUCAAGUCUUUGCUGGUGCCGGCUAUGUGGCCAUCCUUAUCAAUCCCCACGGCUCUACUGGCUAUGGUCAAGAGUUCACCGAUUCGAUCCAACAUCAUUGGGGAUCUCAUCCUUACCGUGAUCUUGAGAAGGGUCUUGAUUACAUUCUUGAAACCUAUGAGUUUUUGGAUGCUGAUCGCGUCGUUGGUUUGGGUGCAUCGUAUGGUGGAUACAUGAUCAACUGGCUCAAUGGCCAUAGCGACCGCUUCAAGGCAUUUGUGAACCACGAUGGCAUGUUCAGCACCGUGCAAGCAUACUACACCACCGAGGAACUUUACUUUGUCGAACAUGACUUUGGCGGUGUUCCUUAUCAUCCUUUGUCACGUAUCAUUUAUGAACGCUGGUCGCCAUCCAACUUUGUCCAAUAUUGGAAGACACCAACUCUUGUCAUUCAUGGUGCACGUGAUUAUCGUCUCGUGGAUGGUGAAGGUCUUGCUACAUUCACAGCUCUCCAACGACAAGGCGUUCCUUCACGUUUGUUGUACUUCCCUGACGAAAACCAUUGGACUUUGAAGCCAGCCAACUCGCUUCGAUGGCAUAAGGAAGUGCUUGAUUGGAUCAAUUAUUGGACUCAAAAUGAGGCCAAGGGAGAAGAUCGUCAACAAAUGGAUUGCAUGCACCAAGAGGAGGUGGAGGAUGAUCAACCUCGAAUGAUUAUCCAACAUGCUCUUGAUCAAAUGAUUUAA